AUGCCGUUCAAGAAUUCAUCCAAAGGAAAAGGGGUAGUUAUAGCCGAAAUCAAAAUCGGUUUAGACAAGACACUCAUUGCUACAACAAGCCAUCUCAAGUGCCAGAAUCCUCCGAAGAAGUACAACAGUGAACAGCGAGCAUCUCAUGAGGCAAAGGAAACUCUCCGAAUUCUCCAGAAUUUUCCAAAUGUGAUAUUUGGAGGUGACAUGAACUGGGAUGAGGACAAAAAUGGGGCUUUUCCUCUGCAAGGAGUGUGGAAAGAUGCUUGGAUAGAGUUGAGAGGAGGAGAAAAUGGAUGGACUUUUGAUACAAAAUCAAAUCCAAUGCUGCAAUGUAGUUAUCCUCUGCAAAAAACAUUGGACAGGUUUAUCUGCAAAUUGGAAGAUUGCAGUAUGAAGAACGUAGAAAUGAUCGGAAAGAAGCCAAUUCCGGGGAUAUAUUACAAAAACAAGAAGAAGCUACUUCCUGUUCUUCCUAGUGAUCAUUAUGGCCUCAUCUUGACUGUCUAUCUUGACGCGCGUGACGUGAGUUAA